CUCUCUCUUUCUCUCUCUCUCUCGCGAUUACUUUCAGCACGUUAAUUCAGUGAGAUCAUCAGCGAUCGACUUGAAGCAAUUUCGAAGACAUUUACCUGCAUCUCCACGCAAUGAUAGAGUUCAUAUUCAGCUUAGCAGAUGUCUGCUAACGGAGAAAAAAAAUAUGCUUUGCAGCGAUCAAUAUCAGUUUGAUGAUACAUAGAGUUUCUGUCAUGACACUGUCGUGAUAGUGUAUACCAAAAUAAAUACUUGAAGGAUGAUUAUUUUGUGACUGUAUGUAUUACAUACACAUGCAUGCAUACAUAACUUUUAAGAUAAAGCGAAUGAGAAGCUACUGUCAGCGGAUGAGAAGCUACAUUAAUCAGAAAAAUGCCGAUCGGUGUAUUUCCAGCCCUCAAAUUGGGCGUAUUAUUUAUCAAACAGAUCAGUAAACCUUUAGCUAAAUUUCUUGUCAAUCAAGCAAAAAGCCAUCCCAUUUUUAGAACUUAUUUUAUCAUACCACCUGCUCAAUUUUAUCAUUGGACAGAGGUAAAAGCAAAGAUGUAUAUUAUGAAUCUUGGUAAGCCAACAAAGAUAACCAAGUUAAACGAAACUAUGGCCAUUGAACUGGGUGCAAAUCUGAUGGGCGAGUUAAUUAUCUUUAGUGUAGCUGGAGCAUGUGUGGUAUUAGAAUACAACAGACAGGUCGCAAAGGAGGCAAAGAAAGAAGAACUGCGUCAGAUGCAAAUACAAAAGUUCACAGAUGACAUUCAAGCAUUAUAUAAUACUAUGUUGCAACAAGAAACACGAAUUCAUUAUCUGCAAAGUGCAAUCAAUGAAUUAGCAAAACAUACAAGACAUAAGUUACCUGAGCUCCCACCUCAAAUAAAUAAUGAUGAUAAUAACUUAGAAGGCAACGCAAGAAAAAAUAGUAACAAAGAUAGCAAAAAUACCACGGAAGCAAACACAGAAAACGAGAGCAACUCAUUGAUAGGGCGUGCCAUAGUAUAUUAUAACAAAGAAUUGAAAGGAGAUAAGCUUAGUUAAGCGAUGUUUUAUAUAUUCUUUGAGAUGUGCACUUUGAGAUAUGAACUUUUUGAAAUAUUACAAGCAUUGAGUGCUGGUAUUAAAAUAAGAUACAUUUAUAAAACACUAAAAUGUACAUAACAAAAUUUUGUCUUGUGUUGAUGUAUUGCAAUCUAUUUUUAGGUUGCAAUAAAUUUAUAUUAGUUUUGAAUGA